AUGUGGUGUCGAGGCUUUUGCUCGGGUCUGGGGCUCGCCAGAAACCUACUCCUACACCAGUUGGGGCGGCGCUACGCCGACCCUGCGCCUCACAACGGUUUUCUGGUGCGUCGGUUGCUGGGUACCGGCGUGCGAGCACUCUGCGUUGAUGCGACACGAACGCGACCUGAGCCCGGAGCGCUCCAACCUAAGGACUAUGUUGAUCUUGAGAGCUACAACGCUUUCUCUGGGGAAGUGGAUGUUCAGCAGCUCGAGCCGCACGAAAAGGAGCGCAUGCGUGCAAACCUGGAGAACGCAAAAGAGAUCCGCAACUUCACGCUCAACUUUGGGCCGCAGCACCCCGCUGCUCACGGUGUGUUACGUUUAGUACUCCAGCUCGACGGCGAAGUAGUCGAGUCGACGGACCCGCACGUCGGUUUGCUCCACCGCGGCACGGAAAAGCUGAUGGAAUAUAAAACGUAUCUGCAAGCGCUGCCGUACAUGGAUCGACUAGACUACUGCUCCAUGUUGUGUAAUGAACAAGUUUUCUGCCUAGCCGUGGAGAAACUGCUCAAAAUCGAGGUGCCGCUGCGGGCUAAGUACAUCCGAACGAUGUUCGCGGAAAUCACGCGCAUUUCGAACCAUCUGCUCGCUGUCACGACCCAUGCGAUGGAUGUAGGCGCGCUGACGCCCUUCCUCUGGGCAUUCGAAGAGCGAGAGAAAACCUUCGAGUUUUUCGAGCGUGUCAGUGGCGCUCGCAUGCACGCCAACUACUUCAGACCCGGUGGUGUGCACCAGGAUCUUCCGCUGGGCCUCUGCGAUGAUAUCUACGCCUGGUGCCGACAGUUCGCUUCGCGUGUAGACGAGAUCGAGGAGAUGCUCACCAACAAUCGAAUCUGGAAACAACGUCUCGUUGGUAUCGGCGUGCUGAGCGCCGAAGACGCACUGAACUGGGGCUUUACCGGUCCGAUGUUGCGGGCGAGCGGCGUUCCGUGGGAUAUUCGCAAAGUCCAACCAUACGACGCAUACGCCUACGUGGAUUUCAAGAUCCCCGUCGGUGUGUACGGAGACUCGUAUGACCGAUACCUCGUACGUGUCGAGGAAAUGCGCCAGUCAUUGGACAUCAUACAGCAAUGUUUGAAUCAGAUGCCCUCAGGCGAGAUUCGAGUCGAUGAUCGCAAGGUAUCGCCACCGAGUCGACACGACAUGAAGUCCUCCAUGGAAUCCCUUAUCCACCAUUUCAAGCUGUAUUCAGAGGGUUUCGUUGUUCCUGCUGGUGAGACCUACGUCGCGGUAGAGGCACCCAAAGGAGAGGAGGGCAUCUACAUGAUUUCCGACGGAACGAAUCGGCCGUAUCGCGUCCAUAUUCGCGCUCCCGGGUUUGCGCAUCUGAGUGGUCUGAAUAUGCUUGCUCGAGGCCAUAUGAUUGCGGACGUUGUGACUCUGGUUGGUACGCUGGAUCUUGUGUUUGGUGAAGUUGACCGAUAA